AGUCCCUAAUGAAUUAAAAAAAAUACCCAUUCCAAAUGUAUAAAAUAAAACUUACAGCUAUAAGCGACUUUUUAAAUGAUACCACAAUUUGAAACAGAUGUAAAAUUAGUUGUAAAUAAUGUUAGUACAAUAAAUUUAAAAUUUGCAUGCCUAAUUUUUAUGAUAGCUAUAAUAAGGGUCUGAAAAACUGUAACGAUCAAUAUUUUGUUAAACCUACUGUCUAUGCAAAAAAAAAAAACUAUUCUAUGAAUGAAUUUUGCAGUUUCCCACAAGGAACACUCAAGCAACAUUGGAUAGAUGCCUGCGGGUACGCUGCGUUCACGCCAAACCGCACGUCAUCAAUAUGCUCAAUACAUUUUGAAAGUACCUUCUUCCGACCCGUGGCGGCAGAACGCGAUGUCUUGUCUCAGCACGCCAUACCUACAUUACACUUACCGACGGACUCCAUCGAAACAUUAUGUCGAAAGAGGCGGCAAAGAAUACCCAUCCACGAAAUAGAAACAAGCGACAUAUUCGACAAUCACUUCAAUGACUUCUGCCAAAAGUACCACCAAACUCAAUUCAUAUUUGACCCCGAAAAUAUAAUAAACGAAUCGGCAGAAAUCGUCCAAAAAUCCAAUAAUGUUGCAAAUAGACUUCUACACGUAGCAGUAAAGAAUACCGCCGGACAUCCACAAAUGGGAGACGAUUUCGAAAACCCACACGAGCCCAUUAUCCAGCGUAAUCUGGAUGUCUGGAUGCGACGUGUCAAAGUCGCAUCCUUCCCCGAGUCGCCUCUGUGCUACAAAUGUGCCACCUGCUUCAACUUCUGGUGGCACCUCGAAGAGUUUCGAGAGCACUUGCGCUCCCACAGAAAAAUUGAUAUAAGAGUCGAAUGUAUUGACGGGCAACCCUACCUGACCGCCUUCGAUAACACAGCAGAUAUUACAGCUAAUAACAAUAACUAUGAUUGUCCAAAAUGCGGUAAAGAAAUCUCCUAUGAGAGGAACUUCCUGCAUUGCACUAAUUGUGUAAAGCAGUUUAAGAAUAAACCUGGCAAGAAACGUUUCACGAAAAAUUAUGUUGCUUGUAAAAUCUGUCGGCGUUAUUUCGACUCUCAAGAUUCUUACUUGGACCAUUUCGAGGUUAGCCAUGACGUGAGAUCCGAUGUUCCAGUCAAUUGUUCACGUCGAACGUGCAGACAAUGCGAAGAGUUAUACGUCGGAAGCCCCUCUCACCACGAUUGCUCGUGGAAAGGAUAUCCUGCAAACUGCGCUUAUUGUUCCCAAUCCUUUACACACACUUCUAACUAUCAUCUGCACAGGAAGACCAACGAGGGAAAUAUAGCUUGCGAAUUAUGCGGAAACAAGCUUUCAUCGAAAUGCGCCAUUUUUAAUCACAUGUUGACACACAGCAUACGCUACACUGUCGCACGAAAGUGCAUUCUAUGUGAUGGAUACAAAGUCUUUAUUGGCAGUGAGGGAUUGCGUUUGCAUAUGUCCUUAGAGCAUAGAAACUUGAAUUGCAAUUCUGAACGCUACUCCAAAUAUAUCAUCAUACCUAAAUCGUGUUUUGAUAUCUACCAAACCUAUUUACCUGACCAAACUCCAGAGGAAAUACCCAUGGCAUCGGUUUCUGAAGAAAAUAAUAAUACAACUAAAAUUAAAAAUAAUAAUAAAACUAAAAUUAAAAAUAAUAAUAGAAAAAGAAUUGUAAGUGCAAUAAGAAAUAAUAAAACUGCAAUCGUAACUUAUAAUAGACCUCGUAAAACCAAUGCAAGAAUUAAAACUAUAAAUAUCACUGAACCAGAUGAAACUCAAAAUACAGAUGAAAAUAUAAGUAGUGCUGAGAGUAGGGAUGAAUCCGGCUGGCAAGCUAUAGUCGCUAAAAAUGAUGCAAGUAGUGAUGAUAGUAACAAUCAAGCGCGAGAAGAUAAAAUAGAGCCAACAGUAAUCACAGAGGACGACGAUUCAAAAUCUGAUACAGAGUAUACGGAAUUCGAGGCGCUAGAUGAAGAGUUCCUCAAUGAAGAAAAGGAUAGUGAUGUUAUUAUGGAGAAUGGAGCUGACUAUGUUGAACCCUCAACACCAAAUAUAGGAACAAGAAAGACUGACACCUGCGUUGAUGAAUCGCCUAUUAAACUUGAGAAUACUAAAGUUGUAAAUGAUGAUGAAAAUAUGGGGAUUGGAGUUGACGUUGUUGAACCCUCAACACCAAAUAUUGGAACAACACAGACUGACAUCGGCUUUAAUGAAUCGGUAAUGAAAAUUGAAAGUACUCAAAAAGGGGAUGGUGAUAAUGUUAUGGGGAUUGGAGCUCACUAUGUAGAACCCUCAACACCAAAUAUUGGAACAACACAGACUGACACCGGCAUUAAUGAAUCGCUAAAGAAAGUUGAAAGUUCUCAAAUUGAGGAUAGUGAUAAUAUGGGGAUUGGAGCUGAGGUUUCUAAACAACCAACAUCAAAUACAACAGCAAAGACUGACGCCUGCAUUAAUAAAUCACCAUUAAAUCUUGAAAAUACUCAAGUGGUGGAUGGUGAUGAUGAUAUGAAGAUCGGAGCUGACGUUGUUAAACCACCAACACCAAAUAUUGGAACCACAAAGACGGAAACUCAUAAUAAUGAACCACCAUUACCAGUUCAAAAUAUUCAAAUUGUGGAUGGUAAUAAUAAUAUGGGGAUUGGAGCUGAAUAUGUUGAACCAUUAAUACCAGAUAUUGGAACCACAAAGAUAGAAACAUGUAUUAUUGAACCACCAAUAUCACUUGAAAAUUCCCAAAUUGCGGUUAAUAAACCUAAUAUAGAACCUGAAAUUGAUUUAAAUAAACCAGCAACUGCUGUUAUUCAAACAAUGGAUACUGAAACUGGCACAACUGAACCAGAAAGAAAAGAUUUUGAGUCUACUCAGACUGAAAUUAAUAUAGAUAAAAUACCUGUAGCUAUUUAUGAGACAAUUGAAGUUGAAACUGAUAUAAUUGAACCAGCAACACCGGUUGUUGAGAUUAGUACUCAUAUUGAUAUAAAGAGUCUGGCAAAAGAAUAUGAUAUUUACGAGUUGGUGUUUGACGUAAAUGAUAUACGGACACCCGCUUCUGAAGUUACAGAAGACGAGUCAGAAGAUGAAUCACGAACAACAGUUAUUGAAACCGCGGAUAAUAUAACAGACGUUUAUGAAUCGUCAACAGACAUUAAUGACGAAUUUGAGAAUGAAAUUGAAAUCCAUGAAACUCCAGAGGCUUUUAUUGACACAAAUAAACUAUUACCUCCAGUUAAUCAGGCUACGGAUAUUCAAAUAGAUAUAAAUGAACCACCAGAAGCAAUUAACGAGAUUGAAAUUUAUACGGAUGAACCUGAAACACCGGCUACAGAAGAUGAAGUUGAGAUCUUUGAAAAACCGAGUACUAUCUAUGAACAUACAGACAUUCCGACCGAUAUAAACAUACCAAUUAAACCUGAUGAGGAUUUAGGAAUUGAAAUAGACGUAAAUGAACUACGGACACUUGUUUUUGAGGACACGAAUUUUGAAACCAGUAUUGUCCAUGUCAUUAACCCAACAAUCAAAGAAUCUUACGAAAUUGAAAUUGGCAUGAAUGAACAGAUUUCGGACACAGUAAAAGCUGAAAUAGACGAUGAUGAAACAACAAGAGUUAAGGACGAACUAACUGCAAAAGCUGCGGAAAUAAAAUUAGAAGGUUUAGAUGCACCAUUUUCUGAAAGUAUGCUAUUCGAUCGUAAGGUAGAGAGAGAAAUCGAUUCUAACGCGUCAGUAUACGACGGAAUAGAUGAAAUAGCAAUACAAGAGAAAAGUUUCUAUGAAGAACCGGAACAUUUUGUUGAUGAUAUCAUAAAACUUGAUUUUGGAGAUCAUUACAUAGAUGUGGAAACUCAUCCAGUAAAAGAAGAAUUUGAUCUAGGAUUGGAGGACGAAAAGCUAAUCCAAGAAAUAGUUGUAGAAAAUGACGAUGACAUUUACAAUCUAUUCAAACCAAUGGUCACAGAAAUGGAAGAAGAGGAUUUGUACACACAAAUUCAAACCGAAACAACAGAAGAAGGAGACAACAAGACAGAAAAUAUACGAAAUAUAGAAGAAAAUGAUGGAAUUGAUUUCAGCAAUCUCAAUUUCGAACAAUUAUUCGUUCAGAAUAACAUCACUGGAUUUGAAGAAAUGCCUCUUGAAGCAAUAACAGAAGAUGGUCAAGCUUCUCCAUACUACGACGACUCAAUGGCAGAAAUUAAUCUGAAUCUACGCAACGAGUCUCACAGCACUGAAUGCAAAGAUUGUAGAAAAAGUCUACCGAAUUACGAAUGCAGUAAAUGCAAUGUUAGGCAUCGCACUAUGCUAGAAUUCUUGUACCACAUCGUCGAUCAUUCUUACAAAUAUUUCACUUGUCCCGAAUGCCUUCAACUGUGUGAAAAUUCGGAAUCGGUUAAACAGCACGUUGAAGAACACGUUUCAAAUUGGUUUAAAUAUCUAGCUGACUUUAAAUAUGAUGGUGAACGGAAUGAGAAUAUGAAAUGUCAUCUGAUGUUUCGUAAUGCUAUGUCAGCGUUUAAAGAUUUCUUCGAAUAUUGGGAAUCUUCUGGCCAGAAUGCAGCAUCGCUUGGAAUUGAUAAUGAAUUUCAAGUUCUGAAUGAUGUUAUUGGACAAACGAAUUCGCAUCGCCAAACGAAAACCAAAAAUUGCAACAUCUGCGAAACACACUUCUCCGCAUAUGACGAUUGCAAAAUUAAUCUGAUUGAGCAUUUAUUCACCGACGCCAACAAAACUUAUUACAACGAUUUCAAAUGUCAGAUUUGUCAGAAUGGAUUCGAGACACUUCAGAAGUACAGACAACAUAUGAUGAAACAUAAAAAUACCAACAUUAGUUGCCCAGCUUGCAGCUCAAAAUUCAACGCAGAUAAUUUUCAAAAUGAUUACAUGAGUAAUCAUUUUAUUUGUGUUUGCUGUAAUAUGUAUUUUUCUUCAAAGUCUGAAUACGACAAUCAUAUUUCGGCGCAGCGAUCUUUCAUUGAAAACGAUCAUAAUUACACACAGCCUGCUACAAUUAUAAGUGAAGAAAUAAAAGCUAAGAAAGAAAAUAAAAGCCUAAUUGAAACUAUAAUACAUGUUCUAUACAAUGCUUUGAUAAAUAAAACUGCAGAUGGUGCAGAAAUACAUGACUUUAUCAAAGGGGAAAGAGCGCCAGUUGACAUUGUUAAUAACGAGAAUAUAGGCUACGAACUGGGCACUGAAACCGACAAUUAUACCAAUGAAGUAGAAACAUAUACAAUAGAACCAUUUCAAAGUAACGCAACAGAUGAUUUUGUUACGUCACCGUUGACUACUAACUUAAAUCUAGAAAAUUUUGAUAAUAUCGAAUCUUAUAAUGCAAUUGCCUUGGACACAACAGCGCACCUCAGUCAAGGGGAACAUACUGAAAUCUAUUCUGUUCUCGCAUCAUAUCUUAACGAUGCCCUCAAAGAUGACCAAAAUAUCUCGUUGCUUAAUAACCUAACAGCAGAAACAAAUCAAACGGAAUCUGUCAAGGAUGUAAGGGAUAAAAUUGAAUAUGACGUUUUUAUGGGAAACAAUCUUCCGCAAAGAAAGGAAUAUGAGGCUGUUAACUAUUUAUAUGAUGAUCGACCUUUACACGCAGUAGAAAACAAUUUCAUGCCUGAUUUUACAACGAAAGUUGAAGAUAUAACAUCGACCGGUAGGCCUUCAAAACGAAAUUUAAAGAGAAAGGCAGAAUUUAAAAAUGCAGUAGGAGGACAUGAUCAGCCUUCAAACGCAGUAGAAAACGCUUCGAUGCGUGAUGUUAAAACGAAUGUAAAAGAUCAAACGUCGAACAAUGAGCCUCCAAAACGAAAAGUAAAAAGAAAGGCACAAUAUAAAAAUAAGCGUCAAAGACAAACCAGAAUUAUUAAAGAAAUUGAGGAGAAUAAAGAGAAGAAAUUUCCAAAGCCGACGAAUUGUGUCAGGAAAUGUGGUGGAGACAUAUAUUGCAAUGCGAUCACUGAGAAAUUUAGACGGGAUUUGUGCAAUCGUUUCUGGAGUCUUAACAAGGAGGAUCAAAAGGAUUUCUUAAUGAACUACAUCACUAAAGAUGAAUUUGACAGUAGAAUAUAUCACGUCACUUGGAAUGGGACUGAUCUGAGAGUCUGCGACUCAUUCAUCACGGCGACUCUCGACAUUUCCAUUAAUGCCGUCAACAAAGCUUGUGCGAGAUCUGGCCAUUAAAAAUAUAUAUUUUUCUAGUAUAUAAUGUGUAUUAGAAUGAACAGACUUCACAAGGGGUCAUUGUAGUCAUCAUUUUAAACAACUUUUAUCAUUGGAGUGAUACUAUAAUGGCGAAAAAUCGAAAGCUCCAUUUAUAUCUGGGAGUAAGACUCGAUAAAAUGUGCAUUGGAACAGGGCCCCAAUUCCGCUAUUUACAACGGCGGAUGAAUGAAUGAAAUUUGGCUUAAAAUGACAAUUUUCGUAUUCUCUUAUGCAUUUUUCUAUACAAUUAUUGGAAACUCAGUGCAGGACAUACUCAAGAUCAAUACAAUUAACUUAAAAUUUUAUUGGCAAAAUGCUUAAGAGAAUAGGAAUAAUUUCAAAUUUAAUCCAAUUGCCAUUCAUUCAUUGGCCAUUGUAAAAUAGCAGAAUCGGGGCCCAGAAAUACUGUUUUUUGUGUUUACCGUAUUGGUCCCAUAGUAAAAGUUGAUCAUAAUGAUGAGUAUGAUGACAGCUUUAAAAGUCUUGCGUUUAUUCUGUUACACGUUAUAUAAUAUAUUUUUUGUAUAUAAAAUAGUCACAAAGAUUUGGCUUGAAUAGACAUACAAUUUUGGCUUGAAGCCCAACCGGCCUAAAGAUUUAUUUACUGAAAACAAACAACGAAAUUAUUUAUCUAGCUUUUAAGAUAAUGAAAAUUAUUAUUCUGGCUGUAAUGAAGAAUAUGACAGGAGGCCCUGAACAUUUUUAUCGAAUUAGAAUAGAAAACUUCAAAUGUAUGAGAAUGACAUUUUCGACAACUGAUGCGACGUUGAUUGAUCAAUUGAAAAUUGAGCUCGGAUUGAUAAAACAUGUAUACGCGCCAAAAAAAAUCAUCGAAAAAUAUGACCAAUUGUGACAUGAAGAAGACAAAAUGGCCUAAACUCAAGGGAAUUUAGUUUAUCAUCGAGAUAAUGACAACCAGCUGCUACUGAAGCUCAUCUUCGUGAAUUAAAGACUUCAUGGACCCUGUCUAAAAUACUACAAGACAGACCCAAAG